GUUGACAGAUAUUGAUUGGCAUUAGUUCGUGGUGGUUUGACGGUAUCGUCAUCACGGUGUGUCUUUGGGGUGUGUUUCUCCGGGACCAGGUUUAUCAGCGAAUUAGGAAUCAUGCUCGGACGUCUACCUGCGUGUGUCAUCGACGUAGGUACAGGAUACACGAAAUUAGGAUUUGCUGGCAACAAGGAGCCUCAGCUGACCAUACCUUCAGCGAUCGCCAUCAAGGAGACAGCUAAAGUUGGUGAUAACAAUGCCAGGAGGAUUACGAAGGGUGUGGAGGACUUGGAUGCCUAUAUCGGGGAUGAGGCUUUUGAAGCCACUGGAUACUCGGUUAAAUAUCCUGUGAGGCAUGGACUAGUGGAGGAUUGGGACUUGAUGGAGAAAUUUUUACAACAGUGCAUUUUCAAGUAUCUUAGAUCGGAACCCGAAGAUCAUUACUUCCUUUUGACAGAGCCACCCUUGAACACUCCAGAAAAUCGAGAAUAUACGGCAGAAAUCAUGUUCGAGUCAUUCAAUGUGCCAGGACUUUAUAUAGCUGUACAAGCUGUUCUCGCUUUAGCAGCAUCGUGGACAGCUAAGAAUAUUGAGGAUCGUACCUUAACAGGCGUCGUUGUUGAUAGUGGGGAUGGUGUAACUCACGUGAUUCCAGUAGCAGAGGGUUUCGUUAUAGGAAGUUGUAUAAAACACAUUCCCAUUGCUGGUCGUGAUAUUACUUAUUUUAUACAAAGUCUAUUGAGGGAACGCGAGAUUGGAAUACCACCCGAGCAAUCGCUAGAAACAGCUAAGUCAAUUAAAGAGAAAUAUUGUUAUAUAUGCCCGGAUAUAUCGAAAGAGUUCGCCAAGUACGAUAGCGACCCUACAAAGAUUAAGAAAUAUGAAGGUGUUAACAAUAUUACCAAGAAUCCUUUCGUCGUGGACGUCGGAUACGAAAGGUUUCUUGGACCGGAAAUAUUUUUCCAUCCCGAAUUUUCUAAUCCGGAUUUUACGACGCCACUCAACGAAAUCGUCGAUGACGUGAUUCAAAACUGCCCAAUCGACGUCAGAAGACCAUUGUAUAGUAAUAUUGUAUUAUCGGGCGGUUCUACCAUGUUCAAGGAUUUUGGCAGGCGACUGCAACGUGAUAUAAAGAAGAUUGUCGACACGCGACUCAAGCUUAGUGAAACAUUAAGCGGCAGUCAUAUUACGCCAAAACCAAUAGACGUUCGUGUGAUAUCGCAUCACAAGCAACGUUGUGCGGUAUGGUAUGGUGGUGCAUUAUUGGCCAGUGAUCCAGAAUUCUACACAGUCUGCCACACAAAGAAAGCUUACCAAGAAUAUGGUCCUGGAAUCUGUCGUUAUAAUCCUGUGUUCCACAGUAUGGUUUAAGAGAUAAUAAAUGAGAGAAACGUCGAUUCGAA